GCCCAAGAGAAGCUACUACGAAUGCAUAUGGUACAUGCCCUGGGAAAAGCCCAACCCAGCCCGACCACUCAAAAAUCACCUACUCUGCACAAGGCCCCCAAAUCCAGCCAGCCCCUUGCAUCAGCCUCGAGCAAGUCGAUUCGACACCCAAGAAUUGGAACUUUUUUUUCUCCCACCCCCUCACAAAGUACAUUUGCUUGCAUACGGAAUACUGCCUAACCUAACUACUUUCGCCCAAUACGAAACGGAUACAUCACAUAGACCCCACGACACGAAUACUUCACAAACGUCCCCCCGGGGAAAGGGGCUUCCAGUAGGCAGGCACUAGCCUGCAACACACCGGGCCUGACCAGACAAAAAGCAUGGCCCGAGCCGCUUCUUUCUCCAUGCCUGACAAACGCCCCAGGCCGAAAAAGAGGGCCUACCGGCGGCUCCAAUCACCCUUGAACGCUCGUCGACAUGAGAUCGAACGCCUCUAUAUGGUCGACGGCUGGAAACUACAAAGAAUCAUUGAUCAUAUCAGGACCACCUAUGGUCUAAGUCAAUCACCCAAACAGUACAAGGACCAGCUGAAGAGCUGGGAUAUCCGAAAAAACCAUACGUACACUGACGCCGCCUUCAUCUUGCGACUCUUGAACCAGGCCAGGGCAGAAGGAUGUCCUCCUGAAGCCCAGGUCGUUCUCUUCUCGUCCUCCCCCCGUCGCAGGGAGGACAUAGCGAGGUAUAUCAAGAGAUCCAAACUGAAGGAUGAAGCCGACCUUCUCUCCCAAAUCUCAGAUACAGACGAAACUCCUCCUCAUAUUAAACUGCAAGAAUUCCCAAUCGCGUCGGCCAUCCCUCAGACCUUGCUCACACCCCUUUCGGAUCUUUUGAGCUAUCCGCCAGCUCCAGCCAGCCAUUCUGAAGUGUCUGACCUUUGUAUGCCAUCGCCAGAUAUCACUCCUCGGUCAACCCCUCGACACUCGGAAGAGGGAAACGAAUCCAAUAGAUCAUCCAUGGUGACUUCUGAAGCUGACUAUGAUUUCAUGGACCUAGGUCCAGAAGCCUAUCAGCUUCCGCCGGCAAACGUCUCGAUGCCACCGCAGCCAGUCAUAGGCAGCAUAAUGAGACCAUUUGGCCUUGAGCCUCAGUCUGGAUUCUUCUUGGGUUGCGCCAUUCCCAAUUGGUCGGCGGAGUUCACAAAUGCUCUGCUGUCCUCAACACCAGCCAGCAUUCAAGACCUAGGCUUUGAUCCCUCGAGGUUUGGAGCAUACACACAGAGUCCACAGUUGAAUGAUGGCACUCAUUCCGCUUCAUUCAUAACCAAUUGCUUAUAUUGGCUGAUUUGCGUUGGACAAGAAGAUCCCAACGCAACGUAUUAUCUCGACUUGGCCAAGUUCUCGUUCUUGUGCAUGAUUCGCGAUCGAGUGUCUCCAGGAGAAGCGUGUAUUGUCGCAUUGACAGUGGCAAAUGUACUGUUCAACUGCCUUGGUCACAACAAAAGAUUGCUGGAGCUACUGAAAGAAAUCGACGAGGUCACCAAGAUGCACCUGGGAGAAAAUAAUCCCUUGCGAUUGACCAUCGCCUUUGAGAAGAACAUUCUCCAACCCAGCACCCACGGCAGACGCCUUCAUGACCUUGAGCAGCUGAGACAUGUCCACAACAGAGUGCAGACAGAAUACCCAAACUCUCGUGGUCCAGCCCUGAUGGCGAAGUAUCACAUCGCCUGGGCUAUGCUGGAGAAUGAAUUGAGGGUGGACAAGAGGGACAGAAAUUUCGGUCCCGCCAAGGACAUGCUGGAAGGCCUUUUUCAAGAUUUCGACAUUCAUUUCGGCCCGUAUCGCAUCGAAACCAUAAUGGCAGCAGCAACAUUGGCCAGAGCUACCUUCCGGUUUGGCGAUGCAGAGAGAGCCGAAGAGCUCAUUGUUAACCAAGUACUCCCAAGAGUGCGGGAGAACUUCCCAGAGGACCAUCCGUACACGUGGGAAGCAAAGCACCGCCAUGCAUUCUUUCUUUUCCAGCUUGCAGAUGACGAACCAGGUUCGACUGGCAAAAGACAACUUCAGCAAGGUGAGCAACAUUUACGCGAAGUUGUCCGUGACCGCCGACGAGUCCUGGGAGAAGGCAAUAAGAAAUCCAUCGAGUCUUUCAAAUUGUUAAAGGCUGUUCUGGAGAAACAGGGCAAGACCAACGAAGCAAAUUCCCUCUGGAAAUGGUGCGCUCGUCAGCUCUGAACAAGCGCGAUAGACUCGCAAAAGAAGAGGCACUCACAAAUCAGACGUGGCCAAGCAAGCAUCCCAUACGACGAAAGGCUUCAUGUUCUCAUUGGCCGACUUUACCUCCUGUCAUAAUACGACCGGGACGAAUGAUGAUCACGCCUGGAACCAUGGUCAUGCCUUCGACCGGCAUCACGGACAUCCUUGUCGAAUCCAAGCACACCAUCAAUACCAAACUCACUUGACUCGCUCGAGACCGAGUCGGUCCGAGUAAUAACAUGCUCGUCCAAGGAUGCCAUUGCAUCUGACGGACGUCUUGAAUUGGUAUAGUUUGUAGAGUAUGAAUAGCUUCGGCCAUUUCUACUCGUGGAAGGGACACUGCCAAAGGUUGAGUUUGGCGAACCCGACAUCGACUCCAUCAUUGAACCGCUGUUGGAGCUGUACCUGGACGGAAGGUUGGGUCUCUGGGGGAUGGCGACAGCAGGUGUACCGUAUGAUGACCCCGAUCUCGACACGUUGGAAUCACGUCUCGACGACUGGUGAUGAGAGCCACCACUGUCUCUGCUAAACGAUUGCCUGCGGUCUCUGUGUACACGGCUAUCCGAGUAACCUAACAAAGAGAUGAGUACGAUUCAAGCGACAGCCAUGCAGAGGGCCAUACUCAUUCGUCUCUGAUAUCCGUCACUCUCGCGCCAUCGCGCGCUGUCAUCGCGGAGCGAAGGCAGCAUUGACUGGGAGAUGGUUAGAGCUUGAGCCACGUCGUGCAUCUCGACUCGACUGCUUACACCAGGCGGCGCUCGCGAAGCCUCGAUGACAUAACGAUCAGAGUCCUAUUCAUGGGUCCUUAGCAUGACGCCGGGAGUGUCCAAACUAUACCACAUACAUGGGUUUUCACCACAUGAGCAUCACGACCCAGGUACAACGGCAGAUCGGUCUCCAGGACCUCCCUGGAGAUACCGUUUUUGGAGAUUGCAAAUUUUGGCAUGAUGGGACAAGGUGGGGGAGGGGGAAGUGAAUCGAAGUCGCGGCUAAUGUCCUUACAAAAAGGCAAGACAAGUUCUUCUCGAUCCUACCCGGAGAGAAUCAUGUAAUUGAUAUCAGAGUUUACUGAUGAAUUGACGCCAGGAGGAGA